AUGGGUCGUAUUUCUUCAUCUGCUAUUCCAUAUUCAAGAAACCCACCAUCAUGGUUCAAAUUAUCAUCAGAUGAUGUUGUUGAACAAGUUAUUAAAUAUGCUAGAAAAGGUUUAACUCCAUCUUCAAUUGGUGUUAUUUUAAGAGAUGCCCAUGGUGUUUCACAAACUAAAGUUGUCACUGGUAAUAAAAUUUUAAGAAUUUUAAAAUCAAAUGGUUUAGCUCCAGAAAUUCCAGAAGAUUUAUACUUUUUAAUUAAAAAAGCUGUUUCAGUCAGAAAACAUUUAGAAAGAAACAGAAAAGAUAAAGAUUCAAAAUUCAGAUUAAUUUUAAUUGAAUCAAGAAUCCACAGAUUAGCUAGAUACUAUAGAACCGUAUCAGUCUUACCACCAAACUGGAAAUAUGAAUCAGCUACUGCUUCAGCUUUAGUUGCUUAA